CUGCUUGGUUCCUGGACGGCACUGUGAAACCUGCACCUUUUGGUGUAUCUUCGAAAUGCUCCAGCUGCCAGAGCCUCUCUUUUGUUAUCACGCUGUGCAGAAGCGUUCUCUGAGCUUCGUUUUGCAGCUGUCAGCUUGCAAUGUUUCGUUGGUUUUUUAUAGGAGCUAUUUUUUGGUCUCGUCCUGUUUCUUGUGGAGCAGCCCCAGGACGUUGUGGGACCACCUUUUCCAAUAACACUUUCAUGCAACUAAUCAGUUGUUGAAUUGGCUGGUGAUUGUGUGCGGGUGGAAAAGGAGAGUGUGCCUAUCAAGCUCUUUGCUCACCAGUGCUCACUUUGUUCACUAAUGAUGCUAUGGAAGCCAGGGAACAGGGCAGAGAAGCGCUCGAUAGAUUCAGGAAGCAACAAGGAAAGUACCUGGCAAAGGAUCACUUCCCUUCUUGGUUCAGAGCACCCCAGAAGGGUUUGUUUUUUUUCAGAAACUUUUCUUCCAUUUUAGUUAGAGCUUCUUGCUCUUCCACACAGCUCUGAUGGAAGCAGUAAUCAAAACACUCUUUCACCUUGUGCAUCAUGCUUCAGCUUGGAUAUCUUGGUGCAGCACGAUUGAGUUAGUUUAUUCUGUUCUAUCACUGCACCUGACGUGUUCCUGUGUUAAUAGCUGUGGUGGAUAAAAGGAACAGAAAGUUGCUGCGCUGCUUCUUCUUGUUGGGGACAGCCCAUACUUGGAGAUCUGUGGUGCUCUUGAAAGUUUCUCCUCUUUCCUUUGCGAUGCUGGAGCAGCACAACAGGAAUACUGCAGGGCAAAAGCUGGUGUUUAGUGAUGCCAGUUGACUUUUGACCUUUUGAAAUAUAUUGAAAUAUCACACUGAUAAAGGUUAGCUGUUGCUGUGUUACAUUGAAUCUUGCUUUUAAUGCUUCUGCCAGACUGUGCAAGCCCCUUUAAUUUGUAUCUGCAAUGGCUGGACUCAAACACGUUAAAUGAAUAGACUACCACUGCGGAAACCGGGACUCAAGCAGCGAUCAAGAAAUGGAAGGAUGGGGCUGCUGGUAGCCUUAGUGCUGCAGAGUAGAGGUGCUCUAUGAAGUGACUGGCAAACAGGUGUCCUGACUGGCACUUUUCACCUUGGUGAUUUUUAGCUCAGAUUUGUGAACUUCAUAAGUAAGUCGGAGAGGGCUGUACCUUGUAUGCUUCUUAGAUGCUUUCCCAGGGCUUCUGUCAAAGCGUUGUCAGGAUUAUCUGCUGCUUCUGGUAAUAGGUAUUCUUCCUUAGAGUAAAGUUAUGCUCUUCUUGAAUUAAAACAAAUUUUGACUUCAUUAUGAACUUUGCUUAUGUUCUAGUGCCAGUCACAAACAGUUCUGGGGAGAACAGGGAAGAGGCAGAAGCAGCAACGUAUCUGAGCAAGAAGUUGUGACUUUUCUCUUCGAGCUCAGAACCAAGUACUGAAAAAAGGGGUUGUAGAUGAGCAAGCAAACUCUGCUGCUCUGAAGGAGCAACUGAAAUUGAAGGAUCAAUCACUGAGAAAACUGCAACAAGAAAUGGACAGCUUGACCUUUCGAAAUCAGCAACUUGCCAAGCGGGUGGAGUUACUUCAGGAUGAACUUGCAUUAAGUGAAGCCAGAGGGAAGAAGAACAAGAAAAGUGCAGAAUCUUCAUCUCAGUUGAGUCAAGAGCAGAAAAGCGUCUUCAAUGAAGAUCUUCAGAAAAAGAUAGAAGAGAAUGAACGAUUGCAUAUACUUUUCUUUGAAGCAGAUGAGCAGCACAAACGCUUAGAAGCAGAACUAAGAACUAGACUUGAAGUUUUGGAAACUGAUGCUGCCCAGCAUCAGGCUGUGGUGGACAGUUUAACAAGGAAAUACACCGAUACUAUAGAAAAGCUGCAGAAUGAUAAAGCUAAAUUGGAAAUCAAGUCUCAGACACUAGAAAGAGAAGCUAAGGACUGUAGGCUUCGAACCGAAGAAUGUCAGCAACAGUUAAAGAAUCUUCAAGCAGCUUUGGGCAGUAGACUGGAAGAAUCUCUAUGCAUAAUCAGUGAAAAAGUACCUUUUAAUGACACAAGAUCAAAUCGGUAUAAUGCUCUGAACAUACCAUUGCACAAUAGAAGAUAUCAGCUCAAGCUACGAGACCUUGCUGGCCAGGCACUAUCUUUUGUUCAAGAGCUUGUAACAGCUCUUCUGAACUUUCAUACGUACACUGAGCAGAAGGUCCAGAUCUUUCCCAUUGAUUCUGCAACAGACACUAUAUCACCAUUAAAUCAGAAGUUCUCACAGUAUCUUCAUGAAAAUGCUUUGUACGUUCGCCCUCUGGAGGAAGGAAUGCUUCACUUGUUUGAGAGUAUUACUGAAGAUACUGUGACAGUCCUGGAAACAGCUGUGAAAUUGAAGGCCUUCUCAGAACACUUAGCUUCAUACUUAUGCUUUUUAAGAAAGAUUCUUCCUUAUCAGUUAAAAAGUUUGGAAGAAGAGUGUGAGUCUUCUCUUUGCACAGCUGCUUUAAGAGCUAGAAAUAUGGAACUACACAGAGAUAUGAAGAGAUUGACUGCGGUCUUUGAGAAGUUACACACGUAUAUUAGUCUUCUUGCUUUACCAAGCACAAAACCAGAAGGACUACUUCGAACAAAUUACAACGCGGUGUUUACAAGCAUUGCAGCAAGUCUUCGUGGAUCUCAUGAGAUUUUAAAAGACAUUUCCAAGCACUACAGUCAGAAAGCUACGUUAGAACAAGAGGUUCCCACUGUCACGCAGAAACUCAUAACUACAAAUGACUGUAUUUUGUCCUCUGUUGUGUCUUUAACAAAUGGAAUGGGCAAGAUUGCCUCGUUCUUUAGCAACAACUUGGAUCAUUUCACUGCUUCGUUAAGCUAUGGCCCAAAAGGAGGAACAGAGUUCAUCAGCCCUCUUUCAGCUGAGUGUAUGCUGCAGUACAAGAAAAAGGCGGUUGCUUAUAUGAAGUCUUUGAAGAAGCCUUGUGCAGAUUCAGUGCCUUAUGAAGAGGCUUUAGCCAAUCGUAGAGUUCUUCUGAGUUCCACAGAAAGUAGAGAAGGUCUUGCACAACAGGUCCAGCAGAGUUUAGAGAAAAUUGCAAAACUUGAGCAAGAAAAAGAACACUGGAUGUUGGAGGCGCAACUAGCUAAAAUAAAACUAGAGAAAGAAAACCAAAAACUGAAGAACUCUCUUAGUGGAUAUUUAGCUGAAACUGUACAAGAACGUUCUGUUUUGCCAAAUGUAAUUGAACAAAAAGAGGAAACAACAGAAAAGAGUCAGAGGGAACCUAUUAAAAGUACUAGUCUGGUCGGGAUGUUGACUAUAACUACUGAUAAUGAGAAGGCUCCAGAUGUUGAGUCUCGGGAAGACUUGAUAAAAAAACACUAUAUGGCAAGGAUAGCAGAACUUACAUCUCAUCUACAGCUUGCUGACAGCAAAUCAGUACACUUUCAUGCUGAGUGUCGAGCACUUGCCAAAAGACUGUCUUUAGCGGAGAAGUCCAAGGAAUCACUCACGGAAGAAUUGAAACUAGCUAGUCAAAACAUCAGUAGAUUACAGGAUGAAUUGAUGACAACAAAGAGAAGCUAUGAGGAUCAGUUAAGUAUGAUGAGUGACCAUCUAUGCAGUAUGAACGAGACCUUAACUAAACAAAGGGAAGAAAUUGAUACACUAAAAAUGACUAGUAAGGGAAACUCUAAAAAGAACAAAAGUCGAUAGUUCCUGGCUCGUCAACUGUCUGUGGAGGCUGCUGCUGCACAGAAUGCAGAUACUGAACAUUCGUCGUCCAGUUCCUGUUUGUUACAGGAAGCAGGGGUGGUAUUUGAUCUAGAAAAAAAUGGGAUUGGUGCUGUAAAUGGCUUUAAAAUACUUAACAUUUCUAAAAGAACUUCAUGUUGUAUCUAAACCAGGACACGUACACUCUGUGGAUAAUUUAUAUAGUAAUUACCUUCAGUUUUUACUGUGCACUUUUUAAAACUGGGUUUUAAUUUCAUGUAAUAACUUUGGCUUUUGUAUAUUUUUUCAGAUAGAUUAUGCAUUAACAAAUUUGGUAUCAGUACAGUAGUUGUCUAUUCUUGAGUUACGUUAAACUGUCAACACCUGUACAUUCAGUUACUUGUUAAUAAGUUUAAAAUUUAUUUUUGAGAAUUUGGCCAUGCAAGCUGUGCAGCUACUGUAAAUGUAUUCCUGUUCUCAUCCCUUUUGAACUAAUUGGAAUUGUGGCUUUAAAUGAUUUCUAUAAAUUCACACAAACAAAUGGGAUCAUUCUUAAUUUAGAUUGCAAUAGUUGAAACUUUCUGCUUGUAUUUGGCACUUUGGGUUUUUUGAAAUAAAGAGCACAAAUAGCUGAACUGGGAUACUUCUGUGAAAUUGUUUUUAAGCCCUUAUUUAGGCAUUCUGUUUACAUGUAUAUGUACUGGUUGAAAUAGCUGUUUAAAGCUAGAGGACAAUGUGAUCGUAUAUUCCUUCACUCUUUUGGGGCAAAUUGUGUGUAGAAUAGAACAGCUUACUGUGCUCUCUUAUAGUAAAGAAUAUGAAAUACUUAGAAAAUUGAAACACUGAAUUUGGAAAAAGUCUUUCAUGGAAUUAAAUUCUGAUGGAUUAACUGAGGGAGAUGCACAUGGCUUUUUUUGUGUUUUGGGAAGUUUGUGAACUUUAGGCCGUUCCUAAUUUUUUUUCAGUGAGGUCCAAUACCACAAGUUUUCAUGGCAUUGACUUUUUUUUUUUUAAAACAGAUGCUGUGCUGCUCCACACUUUACACUGAUUUUCUGUUUCAUAAUAUGCAUUAUGGCACUUGUCCCAUAAGGGAUCACUCUGAUAUCAACUGUGUCGGUGUUAUUAAUAUGCAACAAUAAAAUCAACUAGAAGAAA